AUGGAUCCUUUCGACUCGUCCGAUGAUUCAGAUGACGAUAUUUUCUUUAGGAUGAUGUAUCAUUAUUACACUACCGACUUGCUACAACCAGAUCCAGCCCCGCUACUAACAAGACGUGCGAUGUUAAACAGAAAUCGCGAGGAAGGACACGAACAUCUAUAUCGCGAUUACUUUGCGGAUAAUUGUGUAUACGGGGCGAAGGACUUCAAAAGAAGAUUUCGUUUGAGUAAGGAUAUGUUCUUACGAAUCGCCAACGCCUUGGAAAGCCGGUACGAAUUUUUUCAAUUAAGAUAUGAUGCUAGAGGUAGACGGGGGUUUACAACGUUGCAGAAAUGUGCUGCGGCCAUUCGUUUGAUGGCUAUGGGGGAGUCACCCGACACCAUGGACGACUAUAUGAGAAUGUCCGAAAGAACCGCAAGAGAGAGUUUGUAUACAUUGUCAAGGGGUGUUGUUGAAACUUUUGGAGACGUGUAUUUGCGGAAACCUUCGUUGCAUGAUUUGCAAGAAUUGUAUGCGGCGCAUGAAGAACGUCAUGGGUUUCCCGGAAUGAUUGGAAGCAUUGAUUGCACACACUGGAAAUGGAAAAAUUGUCCGGUAGCAUGGAAAGGGUAA